AUGUUUUGCGAGUCUGAGUUCAUCUCUUUCUUUCAUGCUCUUCCCCACCGCUCCAUCGCGUGGCACCACUCUUCACGAGUCUUCUUCUUCCUUCGGAUCCUCCAAAACUGUGUGGUACUAUCGCUGCCUGGGACUCGACCCUUGAAAAGCUGCGAUCUCUGGGGCAAUUUUUCAACUGGGUGGGUGCCGAAUUGGAUGGGAGAAGGGCGUGGUACGAUGAAGAGUGGUUUUGAAAAGAUGAUGUCGCAGAAGAACAAGCAUAAAGGAAGGUACGAGGAUGAGAAAAGAAGGAGGAGUACUAGGUUUCUGGUGACGAUUAACAUAAUGGGGAGUGCGGGGCCAAUAAGGUUCGUGGUGAAUGAGAAAGAGAAUGUUUCUGGGGUGAUUGAUACUGCUCUCAAAUCCUAUGCUCGUGAAGGGAGGCUUCCUGUUCUGGGAUUUGAUGCCUCCAAUUUCCUUCUUUACUGUGCAAAUGCUGGCUUUGACGGUAUGCUUCUUUGUCUUCUCUACCCUGUUUGGAAUUCCACAAAACUUAAAGCUGUUCUUCCUGUUGUUUUUUUUAAUGAGUUUUAA